UCUGAUUAGUAUUUCUUGAUGGCUGAAUCAAUUGAUCUGAAGACUAGUCCUUCUGCUGAAUCUUUGUUGCUGUGGAGUGGUUGUUAUUGAUUGAAACACUUCAAAUGACACUUUAAUUUCGUCAUUUGGAGUUUCGGCGCUGUUGAAUGCGUUGUGCUGGUUUGAAGGAGAUUUGAUUGGAUUCUGAAGAAGUUUACUGGAAGAAACUUUGAUUCCGCCUGUGAUUCUGCCCUUCUGUGCCUGUUUGAAGUAAUCUCAGGAGUAUUCGUCGUUAGUGCUGUUUUGUAUUUUUCUGUAUAAGAUUCAGUGGGCGUUUGAUUCUGGAUCAGAGUGGUGCAUCAAUGUUGUAGCGGAAGCUAUGGAUGACCGUGGUGAAUCAUUCGUCGCUGUGAGGAGGAUAUCUGAAGGGUUGGAACGGGGUGGCUCUUGCAACUCACCAUCCGCUGAGGUUGUGGCAGGAUCGGCAGCAUGGCUUGGCAGAGGCUUGUCUUGUGUUUGUGCUCAGAGAAGAGAGAAUGAUGCUCGCCCGUCAUUUGAUUUAACCCCUGUACAGGAGGGAUGCUUGCUGCGGCUACAGAGCCGCAUUGAUGUUGCGUACGAUAGUUCAAGGCCUGAACAUCAGGAAGCCUUAAAGGCUUUGUGGCAUGCUGCCUUCCCCGAGGAAGAACUUCAUGGUUUAAUAUCCGAGCAGUGGAAGGAAAUGGGUUGGCAAGGAAAAGAUCCGUCCACAGAUUUCAGGGGUGGUGGUUUCAUAUCGCUGGAGAACCUAUUGUUCUUUGCCAGGAACUAUCCGAAAUCAUUCCAGAAUCUUCUCCAAAAGCAGGAAGGGGACCGUUCCAUGUGGGAGUACCCAUUUGCAGUAGCUGGUGUAAAUAUCACAUUCAUGCUAAUUCAAAUGCUUGAUCUGCAAGCUGUCAAACCAAGAACCAUAAUUGGGGCAAUUUUCUUGAAGUUACUUUCAGAAAACGAGUCUGCAUUUGACCUCCUCUAUUGCAUAGCAUUCAAGUUAAUGGAUCAGCAAUGGCUUUCUAUGCGUGCGUCUUAUAUGGACUUUAACGUAUGUGCAUCUGCAGUUGGCAAGUUCUUUAAAAAUGAUAACUGUGAUGAAAUCCACACGCCGACAACUGGAGAGAGAGCUUUUGCUUGAAGAUAUGAUACGGCUAGAAGAGAUGCCUUCGUACAACCUCCUCAGAUAGUAGUUAGUCCUGGUUGAGAAUUAUACAGAUGGCUUUAGGGAGCAAGAUGUGUCUUUUUUUUUUUUCUUUUAAACAGUUUUCUUUUAACCUUUUUCCUGGGGAAAUUAAUAUCACCACAUAUUGGUGGAUUCCAAGAAAUGGUGAUCCAUUUACGAUUUGAUAGAAGUUUUCUUGCCUUCUUUGAAGUUCAGUUUGGUGGUAUCUGAUACACACCAUAAUGCAAGUGUAAUGACAUUCAAGUUUCAUUGCUCCCUUGAGGGGGGAGAAUAUAAUGCGUAUGCAAGUGAGGAACUGAUUUUAUCUGUGAAUUUA